AUGCUCGCAGCGAUGGGCUGCCUCGUGGCUGCCUUCUGGUCACUCCUCAAUCCCCGCACUCUCCUGCUGGGUGCUGUCGUCUUUCUGUUCCUUGCCAAUUACUUCAAAAGGCAGCGUCCCAACAACUACCCGCCUGGACCCCCGAUUCUGCCUAUCAUUGGAAACUUCUUCCAUAUGGGCUUUAAGGAGCCACACCUGUCGCUUCAACAGCAUGUGAAGAAAUAUGGCAACAUUUUAAGCAUGGAAGUUGGUCACUUCUCUACAGUUACUAUAACUGGAUUACCCUUAAUCAAAGAAGCGCUUGUCCACCAGGAUCAAAAGUUUGUAAAUCGUGCCGUAACCCUUGUCCGAGACCAUAUCUUUAAGAACAAUGGAUUGAUUAUGUCCAAUGGCCAGGUAUGGAAGGAGCAGAGAAGGUUCACCCUGACAACACUAAGGAACUUUGGCUUAGGAAAGAGGAGCUUAGAGGAACGCAUACAGGAGGAGACCCAACACCUCAACCAGACAAUAGAAGAGGAGAACGGACAGCCUUUUAACCCUCAUUUCCAGAUCAACAGUGCAGUUUCCAAUAUUAUUUGCUCCAUCACCUUUGGGGAGCGCUUCGAGUACCAGGAUGAUCAAUUCCAAGAAAUGCUGAGGUUGCUGGAUGAGGUCAUAGCUCUGGAGAUGUCAAUCUUUUGCCAUCUGCAUAAUAUGUUUCCAUGGAUAAUGAAAUUCAUUCCUGGACCCCACAAAACAGUCUUAGUCAAAUGGGAGAAACUGCAAUUGUUUAUUGCCCGUGUGAUUGAAAACCACAGGAGAGAUUGGAAUCCUGACAAACCAAGGGACUUUAUUGAUGCAUACCUCAAUGAAAUAGAAAAGCAUGCGGACAAUCCUACAUCAAGCUUCAAUGACGAAAACCUCAUCGUCAGUACCCUGGACCUGUUCUUUGCUGGAACGGAGACAACUUCGACGACACUGCGCUGGGGUCUGCUUUUCAUGGCUCUCUACCCGGAAAUCCAAGAAAAAGUACAAGCUGAGAUCGACACAGUGAUCGGCCGGUCGCAGCCGCCGAGCAUGGCCGCUCGAGAGUCCAUGCCCUACACCAAUGCCGUUAUCCACGAGGUGCAGAGAAUGGGAAAUAUCAUCCCCCUGAAUGUGCCCAGGGAAGUGACAGUCGAUACCACCCUGGCUGGAUACCACCUGCCCAAGGGGACCAUAAUCCUGACCAAUCUGACUGCACUGCACAGGGACCCCACAGAGUGGGCCACCCCUGACACAUUCAAUCCGGAGCAUUUCCUGGAGAAUGGACAGUUUAAGAAAAGGGAAGCCUUUCUGCCUUUCUCAAUAGGAAAGCGGGCAUGCCUUGGAGAACAGCUGGCCAAGACUGAGCUGUUUAUUUUCUUCACUUCCCUUUUGCAAAAAUUUACCUUUAAGCCCCCCCAUAAUGAGAAGCUGACCCUGAAAUCCAGAAUAGGCAUCACCAUCUCCCCAGCCAGCCACUGCAUCUGUGCUGUUCCUCGGGCAUGAAGUGUUGAGGAAGGAGAGCAGAAAGGAAAGCAAGAAGAGUCGGAAUGUUCUUUCCUUUGAAGGCACGGCGCCUGCUCAGAAGUGAGGGAACAGAAUUGAUGUAGCUCUGAGGAAAGAUUGUCGGCAUUGGACUCAGAGAAACUGGAUCCAAAUCCACUUUGUGAUCUCCUACAGUGUAGCCUUGAGCAAAUCUUGUAUCUUGUGAUUUACCUUUUCAUCCAGGAGAUGAAAAGUAGAUAAUGAGUCCUUCUGGAAAGGAAGAAUUGCUGUGAGAAUCACAGAAAAUAAUGGGCUUUACGUGAUUUGGAAACCAUAAAGCUCAUCAUAAAAUUUA